GCUUCGUAAAACGGGGCCCUGAACUCUUUUUGGCGAAUGCGCUUCAAACAGGCGGAAAGUACAACACAGCAGAAUUAUAAUGUCUUACGGCGGCUACGGUCAACCACAGCAGGGUGCCCCUGGAGGAUACGGUGGAGCCUCAGGUUUCCCAGGACAACCAGGACAACCGGGACAACCAGGACAACCGGGACAACCAGGAGGUUAUGGGAACCCACCCCCAGGAGGACAGCCACCCUAUGGAGCACAGCCAGGUGGUUAUGGGCAGCCUGCGGGGUAUGGCAGCGCACCACAGCAGCAGUUUGGAGGAGCCCCACCUCAAGGUGGAUGGGGAGCGCCACCUGGGAUGGAUCCUCAGGUGUUCCAGUGGUUCCAGACGGUUGAUCGCGAUCGAUCAGGCAAGAUCACAGCGAUCGAGUUACAGCAGGCAUUGACCAAUGCUAACUGGACACAGUUCAACGCAGAAACAUGUCGACUUAUGAUUGGAAUGUUUGCCACAGACAUUGAUGCAAUGUUUGACCGUGACAUGAGUGGUACGAUUGACGCCACCGAGUUCAAUGCAUUGUGGAACUAUAUUCAGCAGUGGAGACAAGUGUUUGAAACCUUCGACAGCAACAAGUCGGGCUCCAUAGAGGCACCGGAAUUACAGAGCGCUUUCAGACAGAUGGGUUACAACCUGUCAGUCGGCUUCUCCAACAUGAUCAUCUACCGGUUCGACGUGGUCGGCCGCCGGUCACUCACCCUCGACAACUUCAUCCAGGCGUGCGUCAUGCUCAAGGGACUGACCGACGCCUUCAAACAACGCGACAAGAACAUGUCUGGCUCCAUCACGAUCAACUACGAAGAUUUCCUCACUCUCGCUGUGCACAACAAACCAUAGAAUCAGUUCAUAUUAGGUUCAGAUAUUAUGACGUAUUAUCUAAUACAAAAUGCUAUAGAUCUUAUCUAUCCAUAGGGAUAUAAAAAUAUCUUUAAAUGAAUUAGAAUCUCUUUCUCUUGAUGUAUUUUUUGUGAAAGGUUUUUAUCAGAAUUACAAAUGUGGACCAAAAAAAUUUGAAUUAAAGGGAGACUGUACAAAAAUGUUUUGAAUUAAAGGGAGACUGUACAAAAAUGUUUUGAAUUAAAGGGAGACAAAAAUGUUUUGAAUUAAAGGGAGACUGUACAAAAAUGUUUUGAAUUAAAGGGAGACUGUACAAAAAUGAUGGAAUAAAAGAUUUGUUGCGAGCUGCAUUUCGUAGUCAGGCCGGAAACUUUUGGGACACCCCUCGUAAAAUUAUUCCUAUAUGGAAAACAAUACCUCCAGUGAAUAAAGUCAUUUCUCUUGACUUUUUUGGCCAUAUGUUUAUGUUCGUAAAACCUUAGUUAUAUAGUAAUCAAUGCAUUUGUACUUUUAAUAAAGGCCUAUGACCAAAAUGUCGGGUGAUACAAAA